GUGAUGCUAAUUCGUUGUCAGCGGCAUAAAACCUAGCUGUUAGUGUUUAGCUUAACGGUCUAUAUUUAAAUACUUUAAAAAGUAGAUUAAAUUGCAGAAGUGAAGGAAUACCUGGUGUGACAAAUAGUAAUGAAGUGAUAGUGUACAGAAUAUAAUGUGUAGACGCAGCAUAGUCAUAUUGACAUUUGCGACAUUGCGAGUAAAAAUUUUCUUUUAGAAUUUGCUGCAUAGAUUUGAGAAUCUAUAAUAUUAUUUGUUGACUCGACUGUACUCAGGUUGUUUGGUUUAAAAUGAGUGGAAGAAACAAGACGUGCUUGUUCUGUCUUAGGCAGCGGCAAAUUCUGGUGGACAAUCCUCUUACCGCCAAAGCACUGAAAAAAAUCUAUAAUAUUGCUAUUGCUUCCGGUGGAUGCCGUUUGUGCAUAGAAUGUCAUUUCUAUAUUGGUCGAAUAUCUGAAUUUAAGCACUCAAUUGAAGCAGCCGCCGAUUUCGACGUAGAUAGCUGUUUCGUAUGCAAAUCGGAAAGUACCAUCAAUGAACCUGGAGUGGAUCGCAUGGUCGACUACCUGGUUAAGCAGUGUACUAGCAUCGACCUCGGUAAUACCGACACCGUUAGAGCUUGCGUGACGUGUUUGUAUUUACUGGAAAUUAGUAUUAAAUACGAAAAGCUGGCCAGGAAUUUUACAAACGCACAACGUUUUAGUAAAGAGUUUGCCACUAUGAGAGAAUGUAACAUCGUUCUUUGGAAACUAAACCUGGAUAGUCUUGAUAACAUUUGUAAGAACUACACUGUCAGUGGUAAUGUUUGUAUUGAAAAGGAUAAAGGAAAUAAGGCAGGCAAACGUAGCAGAGGAUCUUGUGGUACACGGGAUGAGCCAACUUCCAAACGUUCCAAACAAGAGGAAUCUGUUCUUCCUGUCAUGCUUACGAAGCUGACUCCCACAGUGUCACGAUCGGGCGGGAAAAAAACCCUGUCACCUACUUCCACAGUUUCAUCUAAAGGUAAAGGAAAACAAAAUGACAAGUUUUUCAUUAAACUGCCGAUACCUCGAAAAUUGUUGGAGAAACAAAAUCGCAAAAAAUAUGAUUCUCCUCACUCCCCAAGCAGAGCAAUUCCUGCUUCUCCGUCCGUUGAUGAAUUGAACAAAAUAUUUGGCAUAAAGCUGCGGCCGUUGGUUAUCAAAAUAGAGCACGUAGAUCUAUCCAAUUAUAUGAACCGAACGAUAGCACACGAUCUGAAUACGAGGCAACUCCGCAAACAGAAAAAUGAAGAAUUUAUAGGUUUGGACGAGGAAGAUGUUGUAGAGCUGCAGCAAAAUAACACCAGCAUCUGCAGCGUUGGCAAACGGAAGAGUAUUUUAGUAACUGAACGAAUCGAAAGUCCCAAUUCAGCGAAGAAGAAAGUACAAUUUUCCGAUUCCCCUAGUAUCAAAUACGUGGAUAAACUUAACUUUAGUGACGAUGAAAGUCGCGAAAAAGAGAACAGCGAUGAUGAGAAUGAUGUCGACUAUGAUGAGAAAAAGAAUAAAAAGAAAACACCGAAACCUCAGAACGGAGCUCCAGCAUCUCCGGACGAUGGUAAGCCACGAAAAGGUAGGCCUAAAAAAGUCAAUAACGACAACAAAAAAGAUGAAAGAAACACAGAAACAAAAGACACUAAUAAUGGGCAGAGCGAAACACCAGCGGCUAUCAAACAACCAGAAGAAGUAAAGGAAAAUCUCUCCGCAAGCACUGAAUUACCCGAAACGACUGUUAGUGUUGAAACCCAAUCGGAUAUUUCUUCUGUCGUGAACGGUAACACUGAUGAACAGCAUAAUGAUGAAGAAUCAAAACCAGAACCGACAACCGCAUCAGAAAACACAGAUAUCGAGAGCACUGAUAACGCUCUGGCAACCCCUGCAAUGGAGACAGAAGAACUGGAAGAAAGCAAAGCGGAUGAUCGAAUGGGAAUAGAUGAGUCGGUUGAUCUACCGGAUGCCGAGAUGAAAGACCUCUCCGGUGCGGCAUCACCCGAAGAUGUUGAAAUGUCUGAAAAAAAGUCUCCUCCACAAGAGGAUGUUGAAAUGACGGAAAUAAACAAUGUGGACACUACAAACCACGAUGAUGCGACACUCAACUCAUCACCUAACAAGCCAACGGUAAAUCCAGUGUCACCUCAAGAGCAUACGUCGUCCGUCGAUUUUGCUUCCGAUAAGGAAGAUGAACUCGAAAAAGUAAAACUAAGCUUUGAAAACAUGCUAGGUAAAGAACUUCUCGAUUCAGAAUCAGAAAUAGAAACAGCUGACCAGGGUUCGAAGGAUGACCCAACGUCCUAUCUAGCCGAGAAACCAGUACCCGAUAAAAGUCCAGAUACUGAUUUAGACGCACGCAAACCCUCAGACUCAGAUACGGACAACGCAAAUGUAGCUGUAGAAUCUAAGGCUUCUGAAAAACAGAAGGAAAUUUUUACUGAACUAGAUGACGUGGAUGAUAUUUCCGACGAUGAUGACAUUCUAAAUCAGCUUGAUGAUACAGAUCACCGACGAUCACCAGAAUUGCCGCCUUUUGGCGAGGACAGUUUGUAAAAUAUGUAUAAACUACCACAAUUUAGAUUGUCACAACCAUUCUAUUUGUUUUUAAAAUUUAUCCAUUUUGGAGUAGAUAUUUUGUUUAAAAAAAGUCAUUGUAAGUGUUGAAUGAUUGUAUAACAAUUCCCCGAAAACCAUUUCCCCGAAACCCGUCUCCCCGAAAGAUAUUUCCCCGAAUGUAUCAAUUCCCCGAAAACUCUUUUCCCGAAAGAUAUUUCCCCGAAUGUAAUAAUUCCCCGAAAUAUAUUUCCCCGAAUGUACUAAUUUCCCGAAAGAUAUUUCCUCGAAUGUACUAAUAUUCGGGGAAAUGGUUUUCGGGGAAGUAUUAUAUUCGGGAAAAUGGUAUUCGGGGAAGUAGUACAUUCGGGGAAAUGGUUUUCGGGAAAGUGGUACAUUCGGGAAAACAGUUCAUUCGGGGAAAUAGGCUUCGGGAAAAUAUCCUUCGGGGAACUGGGUUUCGGGGAAACGGUUUUCGGGAAAAUGUUGUACAACCGUGUUGAAUGCGUCAACCCUCGCUUGAUGCGAGAUUGACUGUAAUCGUAGAUUACAUGACCGAAAAGUAUAGAACACUGAAUCUUUUAUAUGUGGAAUAUAAUGUUAGUAAAACAUUAGAUUAAACAAAAA